UGCUCCUCUACGGUGCCGUUGGGCCCGUCGCCUGCAUAGGGCUCGCGCUGUGGCGCAUAGUGCAGCGCGACUACAGCAGCAAUGAUGGAGACGUCAGCAAGGCAAACCUCGCGCCGGCACUGGACAUGUUCUAUUCUCUAAUUCUUUGCCAAGGUGCGCUCUACUUGUUAUGGCUAUAUUGGGAUCGUGUUGGGCCUUUUUAUCUCGCUUCACUUGGCCAAGAUUACAAGAUACCCAGAAAAUGGCGCUACAUAACGCUUGACGAGUACCUCUUUGACACCCGAGCGAAAUGCUGGCGGGACCCUGCAUCCAUCCAAGGCAGGACAAUCAGCCGCUACGCCGUCGAUUUGAUAGACUCUGGAUCGUGGGAAGACAACCUCUCCGGGGCGAGGAUGCUCGCCACGUUCAUCAGGCAGGGGGCAGACGUCAGGUCUCUGCUGCUUCCCUCCAGGCCCAGGAUUCAGAAGCUCAUCGAUACACUGGGAUGGAGAGCUGGGCCCAGCAGGGAGAUGAGAGAGUCCGCCGCACGCAUAGUGGCGCAACUCGCCGGCGACAUCCAUCUUGCGCAGUUCCCUGGGGCGAUCCGGUGCAUAUCCUCCCUGCUCCAAGAUGAGGCCACUCUGACGUAUUGGUGGAACUGCGACCAACAACAAGAAGGCCGCCCCCACCUUCAUACUGGAUCCCCAUCAAAAACAGAAGCAUUGAUUCCUCUGUGUGAAAAAUGUAUACCAACGAGGCAGAAACGUGAGGUUGAUCAGCAAGGUGGUGAUGAUGAUGUGCAGCAGAAGAAGCAUGUGGACGACGAAGUAGGUGGUGGCUGCAAUGAGCUGAUUCUGCAAGGCCUGACGAUCUUCGAGAGGCUCGCGUUGGACCACCAAAACUGCCUUGACAUAUGCAGCGCCCCCGGCGUCCUCCCCAAGAUCAGGACUCCCCUCUACUCCGCCACCUUAAUCCAAGAUAUCAAGAUCAGAGACUGGGACGACAUAGUGAACAGAUGCUUCAAGGUGCUGAACCGCCUCAUCUGCGCUCCAGGAAAGAUCGGUAGAAGGCUGCGUCGUGAGAUCUCCACUAACAAACAAGCAGUCAGCAACCUGGAGAGCAUCCUUGAUGAGAGGAAUGAAGCUGGCCAGGAGCUGCAGAUGCGAGCAAUGGAGAUCCUGAGAAAACUGGCCUUGGAUUUGUCUAUCAACCUCACCAGGGAAACUAAAGAAAAUCUCAUCACGAAGCAGCUUCGUAUCUUCCUUGCAGAUGAAGAGGGUGAAGAACCUGCCGCCAUGUUAAACCCUCUCAAAGCCACGGCUGGGAGAACACUGGUGUUCCUGUCAACCAACAGUGAAAUGAACUCUGCAAUAGUCAUGAGUGGAUAUAACGACAGUUUUAGUCGUCUCACUGAAAAGCUUGAUGCUAAGAACAACAUCACAUACAGAAUAAUAGCAGCGGAGAUCUUGGAAAAUAUGUGUGCUCACUGUGAUUUGGACAAAGAACGUGUGAAGCAAACAUUGCUGCCAAUGGUCCUCACAGAAUUACAGUCCAAUAAAAGGGAACCACUUCAAAGUGGAAAAGAAAACCAGAAAAAAUCUGCACUAGGUGAUGAUGAAGAGAACCAGAAAAAAUCUGCACCAGGUGAUGAUGAAGAGAACCAGAAAAAAUCUGCAACAGGAAAUGAGGAGCAAACUCCAGCAAAGGAACUGCAGGAAGCAUUUUUAUCCCUUACUCUGGUGAUAUAUGACAAACUGACCAGUGCAGACGACUUCGAUGAGGUUCAAAAGGAAGCCCCAGGACAAGGAGCAUUUGUGGCGAAGCUCAAGACUAUAGUAAAAGAGAACGCUGAGGCAACAGUUAUCAGCUUGAGAACUGUGAAGCUUUGCGGUCAGAUUGCUGUGUCAAUGAUGCGGCGCAACCACUAUACUGAACACUUCAAAAACCAGGGAUUCGUGGAAUCUCUAUCUCAGGCUAAGAAAAUUAUGUCUAACCUUGAAAGUUGCAUGCUUUUUGCUGGGACGGAUCUUGAUGUGAAGAAGAUAGACAGGCCUCUCCUCUCCGAGCUAGAGAAAGAAGCACUAGAGUUGGUUGGUUAGAACUUAAUUGUGAUUGCUACCCUUGUGCUGUUCCAUUUCUCCAGCACAAAUGACUACGCCUUGUUUUAUGCCUCGCCUUUGCUUUAAAGCAAUGGUGUGUUGUUGUCAAACAUA